UAUUUCAAUUUGUAUUAGGGUUUUCGAAUAGAUUUUGUCUCCGUCACUCUAUGAAACUUAUAUCCUGAAUAUGGCUAACGCAGCGAUCUUCCUUUUCGAUCUGAAGACCGGACGAUGCUCCUCCACCAUUCAAGUCCGGUUGCUCUGCUUCUUGGAGCCCAUGAACGUCCGAUGGGGUAGCGAACUCAUGGGAGUCGAUAUGUUUCUGCCUGAUUCCCAGAACCGUCUGUCGUGUUGAAUCUUUAUUACAGGAUUUUUUUUAUCAUUUUUUGUUUUGUCGACCAUCAUGCCGGCGACGGUGAAUGUGAACCGGCUUGCAAUUCACAUGCCUAAUCUGAAGCGAUUCAACAUGUUUUGAUGAGAUAACCGAACCGGCUAUUCCGAUAGGUGUGGAAUCUUUCCGGUUUGCGAGCUGCUCGGUCUUGCCAACACAAACACUCAGCUUCCAGACAUUAUCGGUGAGGUAACUGCUGCGAAGAGCACUGUCACCGACCCUCCACAUGACAAGAACCGUUUGAUGGCAACCAUUAAAAUGGAUAAUGAUGUUUCGGUCACUAUGAGUAUGUUCGACUCACAGCCUGUCAAGCUCCACAAUAAACUUGAAUCAAUGGGAGGUGAUCCAAGGGUUCUGGUUGCAACCAGUAUCAACCCCAAAAUUGUGGGAGGUCAUCUGUUUCUGAAUGCCACUUCAGGCACACGCAUAUAUUUUGACAAGGAAACCAUCGCAGGGGAGACUUCUACAGGCUGGUUGCCCAAGACACUGGGCUUGCGCCAGCAGCUCCAUUGCUUAAGGGCUACGACAAGGAGAUUGAUUUCAUCUGCACUGAGAAGGUCACUGGUAUCAAGCUGGACAAAGGAUGGUGCUACGUUUCUUGCUCCAACUGUACCAAGAAGCUCCAACGCACUGUCUCGCUUUCACAUGUCUGGAUUAAUUGUAAUAAUACUAAUGCUGUUGGUGUUCUGA